UAAUGGAAGGUAGGGUGCAUGAAGAGUCCUUGAGUUGGUGGACCAGUUAUGGUUCAUUGACACCAACAUUGCAAGCUCUAGCAUAUAAGUUGCUUUCACAGCCUACAUCUUCCUCUUGCUGUGAAAGAAACUGGAGUUCUUUCUCUGCUAUCCAAAGUCUCAAGAGAAAUAAAUUAACUUCAAGUAGGACUGAGGACCUCAUCUAUGUUCACACCAACCUGCGCAUGUUGGCUAGAAAGAAGGAAGAGUACAAGGUGGAAAUGUACUUCUUGUGGAUGAUGACUAUGUUGAUGACCCGAAGAUUGAAGGUGUGCUUUUCAAUGAUGAAGAAGAGCAAGUGAACUGACUUGGUGGCUGGUGCUGGUUGAUGAAUUUGCUAGUUUAAGAUGCUGCUAACUCGGAGAUUAUGCUACUGCUUUUCUGUUAGUUCAGUUUAUGUUUUUUUUCUUUUCAUGUUAGUUGAAAUUUGGAAUUGGAAACUCUAAUUUAUUAAGGUUUUAUGUUUUUUUUUUCAUGUUAUUUGAAUUUUGAAGUUGGAAUUGGAAUUUGAGUUUGUUGAACUUUA